UGGACAGGAAGCCUGAGUCUGACUGAAGCAGCUGAUAAUCAGGCUUCGGAUGUACCGGGAGCUCGACAGCCUCUUUCUGCCUGGGUUUUAAUCCGUUUUAUUUUUAGUACAAGGACAGAAAUCGACGAUUUCAUGAGCAGUGGCACUGGUCACGAUUCACGGUGACUGAUGGAGCUGUAUUUUUCUACCGAUCGCUGUUUAUUUUCGAGUUAACUGUUGGGCCGGAGGAGUAGCUCUGAAACAAUGAAGGCCUAGAAUCCAGAUCCGAGGGAUUUAAAGCUCUCGUCUGUUCCACACACCAGGAUCAACGACGCGCUCAGGCAUGGCUUCACAGCUGCAGCUUUUCUCCCCUCCAUCUGUGUCUUCCAGUGCCUUCUGCAGGGUGAAAAAGAUGAAGGUGGAGAGCUGUGCUUGGGAUGCUUCCAAUGAAGCGUAUAGUUCUGUGGGCCAGUACAGCUUCAACCCCGCAGCGGGCCUCCCUUUCAGCACCUCCGGCCUGAUCUUCCCCCCAGUGUCCCGGGGCCAGGUGGUGGUCCGUGCUGCAGACAGCACCGGGAGCCUCCCGCGUGGGUCCAGUCGCAGGACGUCCCACAACACCCAUCACUCGGAUUCCCACUCUUCCCGUGGGCACAGAUACGGUGUGAAGAGGAAGAAUGAGGAAGUGGAGACUUCCGGAGGAGGUGGAAGUGGUAGCGGCAGCGUUCAGAUUCUGGAGGAGCUCUCGGCUCCUGCCUUCUCUGCUCGUACGGGGGGAACGGGAACCACCGCCCAGUCCAUCCCGCACUCGGCCACCACCACCAAAAGCAGCAGCUCCACUGGGGAAGGGGACUACCAGCUGGUCCAACACGAGAUCCUCUGCUCCGUCUCCAACAGCUACGAAGUUCUUGAGUUUCUCGGUCGGGGCACAUUUGGGCAGGUGGCCAAGUGCUGGAAAAGGGGAACUAAUGAGAUUAUGGCCAUCAAAAUCCUGAAGAACCAUCCAUCAUAUGCACGUCAGGGACAGAUCGAGGUGAGCAUUUUGAAUCGCCUCAGUGCGGAGAACGCUGACGAGUUCAACUUUGUGCGCUCCUACGAGUGUUUCCAACACAAGGGCCACACUUGCUUGGUGUUUGAAAUGCUGGAGCAGAACCUUUAUGACUUCCUGAAGCACAGCAAGUUCAGCCCACUGCCUCUGAGGCACAUCCGCCCCAUCCUGCAGCAGGUGGCCACGGCCCUGAUGAAGCUCAAGAGCCUGGGUCUCAUCCACGCUGAUCUGAAGCCUGAGAACAUCAUGCUGGUUGACCCCAUCAGACAGCCCUACAGGGUAAAGGUGAUCGACUUUGGAUCAGCCAGUCACGUCUCCAAAGCCGUCUGCUCGACUUACCUCCAGUCACGUUACUACAGAGCCCCCGAGAUCAUCCUGGGUCUGCCAUUCUGUGAAGCCAUUGACAUGUGGUCGCUGGGCUGUGUGAUUGCAGAGCUCUUUCUGGGCUGGCCGCUGUAUCCAGGAGCAUCCGAAUAUGACCAGAUUCGGUACAUUUCUCAGACACAGGGAUUGCCUCCGGAGUAUCUUUUGAGUGCUGGCACAAAGACAAGCCGCUUCUUUAACAGAGGACCAGACUCCAGCUAUCCCUUGUGGAGGUUAAAAACCCCAUCUGAGCACGAGUCUGAAAUGGGCAUCAAGUCAAAAGAAGCGAGAAAAUACAUCUUCAAUUGUUUAGAUGACAUGAUGCAGGUCAAUCUGCCUACUCAUUUAGAAGGGACGGACAUGUUGGCGGAGAAGGCGGACCGACGGGAGUUGAUCGACCUGCUGAAGAGGAUGUUGAGACUGGACGCUGAUAAAAGAAUCACACCCACAAAAACCCUGGCACAUCCGUUUGUGACCAUGAGCCACUUGCUGAGCUUCCCACACAGCUCUCAUGUGAAGUCGUGCUUCCAGAACAUGGAUAUUACAAAGAGAAGGAACAGUAGCUUUGACAGUGGAAAGGCCCUGUUUGCUGCAAACGCUGUUCCUGGAACUGCUGGAAACCUGACCGUGACCUUCAGCAGCCAGCUUAACCAGCACAGCCAGGUCCCGUCUGCUGCUGGAGCUGUUCCUCUCCUCAACUACCAGCCAGCCCUUUACCAGCAGGCUACCAUAAACAUCCCAGGCCUGGCCCAACCCAGCAUCCCCAUGCAGACCCGCCCCACACAGCUGUGUGCUCAGACUGAACCUUUCCAGCAAACCCUCAUCGUCUGCCCCCCCACCACUAUCCAAGGCCUUCCAUCCUCUAAUAAAACCUCUAGCUAUCCUGUCAGGAUGGAGAAUGGUGUUCCUGUUGUCCAGCAGAACCAGUCCACCCAACCCCUUCAGCUUCAACCCAGCAUGCUGACACAGGGCUCCUGCACGCCUCUGAUGGUGGCCACACUGCACCCCCACACAGCGGGAGUGGCGUCCCAGUACCCGCUGCCCCUGGCACUGGGCUGUGGGGCAGGACGGCCUGCCCUACUGGAGCAGACAGCCGCAGUGCUGCAGGCCUGGCCGGCGGGUACCCAGCAGAUCCUCAUACCCUCUGCAUGGCAGCAGGUUCCUGGCAUGACCAUCCACAACUCCAGCCACCAGCCCGUAGUGACCGAAUCACCCCUGGAAGCCCUACUGUCCGAGAACUCUACACAGCAAACAUCAAGUUGGAGGGUGUCUCAGAGCGGUCAGCACAAUGGCGUUGUCCAGCAGAACCCACACAUCCUUGGCAGUCUCAAUUCCACUCAAUCCCUUAAUCGAGGAACCUCGACGGUCACAAGGUCACAGAACAAGAGGAGCAGGAUCUGUUGUGACACUGGCAGCAGCAGUGCUCAGUCAUACAGUGCUGUUCUCACUCAGCCCAUCAUCAUCUCCGACACCCCGAGUCCUGCUGUCAGUGUCAUCACCAUACACAGCGACUCUGACGAUGAGGACGAAAGGAAGUUCCACCCCGUUAGCUGUGGCCCCAGCCACAGGACUAAUGUGAUCAGCUGUCUAACCGUUCAUGAUUCGGACUCUUCCACCGCCAGUCCUCUAACUCCCAAGCCCCAGAACAGUCAUGUGGGGUUCCAGCCCUCACGCCUGUCCAAAUCCAUGGCAGUGGUGGCUCCGUCUGUGAAAGCGCAGCCUGUGGAAAGCUCAAUAUCCGCCAAAAUCCCACUUGCUGUAGGUCUUACCCAGAAUUACUACAUGAAGCCUAAGAGAGCCGCUGCCGCCACAAGGCAGCCGAGCAGCUCAGGAGAGAGAGUCACUGACCCCCAACAGGACCCCAGCAGAUCUCAACCACUUAACCUCAGUCAGACCACUGUCUCAUCCCAAGGACCAUCCGGUGGCUCAUCGUCCCUGCGCCGACAGCACACGUACCCACCGGCCUCCUCUCAUUACUGUCUCCAGGAGGCGCCCUCGUUCACCAGCACCCCCAGCCUGUACACCUACCCCACUCCCGCAUCCCACAUGGAGCACCUGCUCGUCCAGGGCUCCUCCCCCUCCAUUCAUGCCCCGCCCACCAGUCACUAUGCAGCCAGUCUUAUCCCGAAGGACUCCAUUGGAGGUGUGGUCCACAGACUCUCCGCCCACUACCAGCAACAUUACCCCGCUCACCCUUAUGUGACCACGAGCACCAGCACCACUAGAGGAAGCGGGGCGUACAACAGCUUUCAGCUCAGUCCCCGGAGGGUCCCUCAGUACCCCUACAUAUGAGACGCACAGACCACGUCUUACCUUUUUAUGACCGACAGACCUGCCGUCAACUGCUGCAACUGUUUUUAGCUAUCCUAUUUAUGUUUUAGAACGUUGUUAAUAUUUAGAAAUAUAAUAUUUGCAUUUUGAGAAAGCCAGUGUCCUGGUGCCACGUGCACUGAUGGACACCCUUAUGCUUGAACAUGGUGUUCGUUAUGGACAAGCUGUAACUAGCACAGAAGUCCAAUAACAGAACACUGGGUGUCUGUGUCUGGUGUCCAGUGUCUGGUUAGGUAAGUUUAUUUUCUUAGCUCAAGGAACGCUGAUGUGUUUUUAAUUCGCAAGCAAUAGCAGAAUAAUGCUGACAUAAAGGAACGGGAUCGUGAUGGUGUAAUAUUGUCUGUUCAACUAAAAUCCUUACACUAAUCCUUGACUUGUUUUAUACUCUAUUUUGAUUCUGUGUUGUGUUUUUGUUGUCGUAGGAUCUCUUUGGGUUUUAAAUUAUGUUUGAUUGUGAAGCUGACUGGUUCUAAACCAGUUUUAUGGGAGGCCAACAAGUGGAUGGAA